ACACACACGCGAACACGUCAAGAAAUUGAACAGACUGCCCAUGGCGCCCAAUGGAGAAGCACCGGCAAUGACGGCCGCCGUGGCGCCGCUCCUGGCGACGAUCAUCGGCAGCUUCGGCAGCGGCGAGCACCGGCGGCAGCAGCGGACCCCGUCGUCCCACGAGCUCCGCAGCUGCGUCGCUGACCACGACGACAACAGGGAGGCGGAGGACGGCGGCGACCCGCGGGACGCCGCGCGGCCGGCGGCGGAGGUGGAGGACGCCCGGUGCGAGUGCUGCGGCAUGUCGGAGGAGUGCACGCCGGCGUACAUCGGCGCCGUGCGCCGCCGGUUCUCCGGGCGGUGGGUGUGCGGGCUCUGCGCCGAGGCCGUGGCCGAGGAGGCCGGCAAGAACGGCGGCGACAGGGAGGCGGCGCUCGCGGCGCACAUGGCCGUGUGCCGCCGGUUCAACGGCUUCGGGAGGACGCACCACGCGCUGUUCCAGGCCGACGCCGUGAUUUUAAUCGUCAGGAGGCUCUCGGGGUCGGGGCCAAGGUCGCCGAAGUUCAGCGACGGCCCGGGAGACAUUGGUGGCGGCGCCAAGAACGCCCUCGCCGCCGCCAGCAGCUCCGGCUGCACGGCGCUCGUCGCCGGCGUGCGCAACGAUCAGGUGGCGACCAACUAGAUCGAUCGCUGGUUAAAGAGUGUACAGCCAGCCAGCGCUGUUCGCAAGUUCAGGGUGUAGGUCCAUGUGUAUUUGUUUCCCCUCCCUUGUAGCUUUGUUUGGUUUCCAGGUUGCAGUGCCUGUUGGAGUUUAGACCUUUUUGGAUGGGCUUUUGUUUGCGUCUUUCAACUCGUUUAGCUGACCUUGGGAGUGUGAAAAGCCUGAUCUUCUCGUUCCAUGCCAACCAGCUUGUCUUACCCUAUGGUGCUGUCGAUAAAUAAACCAAACUAUUGCUAUAGCGUACAACCAGCGUGUGCUGUUAUUUGCAAUCAGAUGUCAGUUACAUCUCCAGGGAAAAAGGGCGAGGUGUUAUAAAUUUGAAAUUUUGUUUCAA